UCGUGUCCACACGAGGGCAGAGUGGAGCUGCAGUGCGCUUUCAGAAACGUAUUGAAGAACAGAAACCACUGCAUUGCGUUUGCAACGGCGAUAUUAUAAAAUGAAUGAUUUUGAUGCAUUCGCGUUCCAGUAACCACAAGGGUGGAAAGGAAUAUUUCUCUGUUAAACGUCUUUUUUAUCAGCUAGCGUCCUUGCAGCCGGAAGUUUGGGUCUUGUUUCUAAGGAAGUAGCAUGUUUUUUGACUUCCUGCAAGACGGUUUGAAAUGAAGAGGCAGGAGUUGGAGAACAGAGUCGUCAUUUUACAGGCUCGUGUUAGAGGUUACCUUGUCAGAAAGAAGUUAUCAAGUUUGCGUGAGGAAUAUGAAAACAUUGUGAGAGAAAUAGAGGGAGACUUGGUCCUGCUAGAAUGGUGCGGAGAGACGAUACAGAGACCUGUAUUUGUGAACAAGAAAAGGGCAUUGUCACAAGCCACCAGCUGUACAGCUGCGGAGGAGCCUACAGAAGACCACAGCAGUGCUGCUCACACUAACAAAACAACAUGCAGGACUUCAGAAAUGUUACAGCCCGAAAGAGACACCGACGGAGCGACGCUCUUUGCUGUCGAACAGCAUCCCCGUGAAGAGAGAGCGGUUCCUGAGCUCCUCUGUGAGGGAGCACGGCACGUACUGGAGUCUGUGGAAGCCUCUGCGAGUGUGUCUGAGCUUUCAGGUUCAGCGGAGGAGGAGGAGAGAGACUUGAGGAGUUGCACUGAUUUGACGUCUGUGUGGAAUAGCACAACUCGGGACUCCGGCUCCAGUGUUAUCCACAAGGUAUUUGGCCCUGAAGCAAACCCUGGGAACUCCAGAGCGAUAGAGGGGUGUUGUACAUGUGUGGGUGUUUCAAGUGCCCCCUCUCCGAUACAUCCUACUCUGCAAAGGACUGCUGACAGUGUGUCAGUGUGGUUUCCAGACACUGCAAGACGUUUGGAAUUGCGAUUUCUGGAGCUUUCCAAGCCAUUAUUUAACACUGGUUUGCCGAAGCAAGAUGUUACAGCCUUGACCUUUUGGAAACGGUCAACAUGGGAGCUCUAGUUCAGACGCUCGAGCUGUCUUGUACCCUUCAAGUUGGUUACGCCCCGCUCCUAGUCUAGCUGUGUUGUGUCUCUGAACGGUAUGUGAAAACAACACACAAAUUAACAGUAAGAUGUGUAUAAAUCCUUAAUGAUGUCAUUGUUACUUAACUUUCUGGUGUCUGUUUGUAUAGUGUAUGCAAUCCUAGCACAUCAUAUUUUACACAAAUAUAGUGUCACCCGUUGUAUUUUGAUAUAUGUUAUGUCUACCAUUAAUGUUUUUGUAAGAAAUGACAAAUAAAUCGCAGUGUAUAUUUUUUCCAGAA